AUGAGGGCUCCCAAAUACUCGGCAAAGUUUACGAUAUUCAUGAUUUUUUCGGUCACUGGCAUUACACUGGGCGACAAUCCUUUAGCGGAAAAAAGUGGGAUUGAAAAUGAUCUUUUCCAAGGGGAAGAUUCAUCCAACAACGUUGUGAGCACCGUGUCGGAGAAAUCUACAGUUUCUUUAAAAAAUGAAAGAGGAAAGUGUGUUGAGUACUUAGAGUCAAACCUGAAAGAAUUUCUACAAACGAAUACCCUAACGACAAGCAAAGAUAGUACAACGCAUCCAGGUGCUGCAGUCGACGAAAUACUGCACAAAAAAACACUUGAAUUAAUGAGAGAUUGCAAAGGUGCUCAAAUUGAUGUAAAACAACAUGUCAUUACAGAGGUCGAUUCUUGUAAGAGAAGUUUCGAACAGCUGGUAAUCCAAAGAAUCUUGCUUAAGGGUGUUCUUACUGUGGUUAGAUAA